AUGAAAGUCCAUGUCGCUCAAGAAAGCUUGGAUUCGGCGGCUCAAAUUGGUGAAAAAAAAAAUUACAAACACAAGACCACCCAACGUCUUUGUUCUGAGCACUUCAGGGAUGGACAUUUCAGACGGAACUUAAUACCAUCCAUUUUCGGGAGAAAGACGUUCAACACAUACCAGGUAAAGUCAUUUGAACACGGCUCUGAUGAGAGUACCAUACCAAGGGAGGCAGCCAAACCAACAGGUGACUGUGGAAACGGGAAUGAGCAUUCUGUGUCAGACCAUCAGCAGAUUAAUUUGAAGUCCUCGGGAUCAAGGGUGGAAGCUUCAGUCGUCAUGCAUGACUAUUGUGGACAGAUUGAAGAUAAUAUCACAAGUCUGCUUGUAAACAAGUGUGACCAGACUGAUUUUCAUCCUGUAGGUAUUGAUGCAUCCACUCAGACAGAUAUCUUGGAUAGUUUCUAUAUGACUGUUUCAACACAAACAUUGAAUGAUGCUAUCGAAAUUCCGAUAUCAAAGCCAAAAAUGGUUAAUGUGGAAAUUCAGUGUAACAAGCCUGUGCUAACAUAUGAAGAUGUCUCCUGCAGUGAAAAAUUCUCAUUUUACACAGGAAUCCCUAACCAAGGAGUGUUUAAAGCCUUAUUUGAUGAGAUGGAUGAUGCCAUAGAGCAUACAACUAGAAGUAAGUAUUCAAGUGAAUCGGAAUUAGGUCGUCCACGCAACUUAAGAUUAGUGGAUGAGUUUUUCUUAGUUCUCAUGAGGCUUAGACUGGGACUAUUACUGGAGGAUUUGGCAGAUAGAUUUUGCGUUUCAAAAUCAACAUGUAGUAUCAUUUUUGACAAGUGGAUAGACUAUUUAAGUAUAAAACUGUCUUCUUUGACAGUAUGGCCGUCAAAAACUGUCAUUAAGAAAACAAUGCCAAAGAAAUUUAGAAAAUACCCUGAUACCCGAGUUAUCAUUGACUGUACAGAAAUAUUUACCGAAACACCACAGUCCCUGACAAAUGGGACCCUCCUAUACUCCAAUUAUAAGUCGCAUAUGACUUACAAAUCGUUGAUUGGUAUUAGUCCAGCUGGGUUUACAGACAAGGCCAAAAUUGGAAGAGGUUAA